UGCUUGACAUAAAGAAAAGUUGUUUUGAUUGAGAAUUAUUUGGAAUCAGAAUUCCUGUUAGAAUUUGAAGAAUUGAAUUAGAUACACAGGAUAAUUACCUAUUCAAAUCGUUAAACAUUUGCAUUAAAAUUGCCAAAAGAUUGUUCCUAUAAAAAGUAUUUUAUGCAUUAAUAAUCAAACUGUGAAUACUUGUAUUCUUGAAAAAUGUCGAAUAGUCUUCAAAUAUUAGAGGAACGAGUUGCAGCUGUUGAAAAGCAAGUUUACGGAAAUGUUUCAUUAUCAGAAGCUGAGGAAACAUUUUCAGAAACUCCAGUUAUUGAAAAUCUACUGAAUGUAAAUACAUUUAUAUCGUCAGCGCUUUCUGGCCGCGAGAGUACAAAUGCUUUAAUUAAUCGACUACCGGAAUUGACUAAUUAUUUAGAUCCAAAUUUUGAAGAUUGUGGCUCGCAAAUUGACGCUAAAUUAGAAUAUAUUUUCGCUUCUGAGUCGCAAAUAAAGGAAAAUUUGAGAUUAUUAACAGAAAUUGAAAAAUUAAAUCCCUCCCUUGAAAUAGAAAGUAUGAAAGAAGCGCCUGAAUUGGCGAAAAAAUUAAAUAGCUUGACGCUUAAAUAUUUGCCAUUGAAUGAAGAAUCAAAGGCAUUGAAUAGCGAAAUUUACGAGUUAUUUGAUAAAUACAAUUCUAUAAUUAACAGUAUUUCUGAAACACUCAUUCAAAUGGAUUCGAAAGUCACAGUUGCUGAAAUUGCAGCAAUGCCUAAAAAGCAAAUCGAUUGAUUUUGUAAAUUUUGAUGUAAAAUCGAAAUUAAAAAAUUGUAACUACAAAUUUUUAUUCGUUUACAUUUGUCUGAAAUUAUUUAAUUCUGUACUAUUUACUUUGUUUAUACAUGUGAAAUUAUAUUUUAAGUUAAUAAUCAUAUGAUAAUAAAGAUAAGUUAUUUUUAAUCACAAAA